CGCCGCCCGGCCCCUUUGCAUUGCGCAUGGGCCCUCCCCGCCGGGUGGCCAUGUUGCAGACCUAACAGUCAGCGCAGAGCGGCGGCGGACCGGGGAGCGCAGCGUACUGCACCGCACCGCGAUGGCCGUGGCUGUGGGGAGACCGGCGAACGAUGACCUUAGGAACCUGUCCCUCUCUGGCCACGUGGGCUUCGACAGCCUCCCUGAUCAGCUGGUCAACAAGUCAACAUCGCAGGGCUUCUGCUUCAACAUCCUCUGUGUGGGCGAAACUGGCAUUGGCAAGUCAACGUUGAUGGACACUCUGUUCAAUACCAAGUUUGAAAGUGAACCUGCGACACACAACGAGCCUGGUGUGAGGUUGAAAGCCAGGAGUUACGAGCUCCAGGAGAGUAAUGUCCGUUUGAAGCUGACUAUUGUCGACACAGUUGGAUUUGGUGAUCAGAUCAACAAAGAUGACAGCUACAAGCCUAUAGUAGAAUAUAUUGAUGCGCAGUUUGAAGCCUACUUGCAAGAAGAGCUGAAGAUCAAGCGAUCUCUGUUCAAUUACCAUGACACCAGAAUUCACGCCUGCCUGUAUUUCAUUGCACCAACUGGUCACUCACUGAAGUCCCUAGACUUGGUCACCAUGAAGAAGCUCGACAGUAAGGUGAACAUCAUCCCCAUCAUUGCCAAGGCAGACACCAUUGCAAAAAACGAGUUGCACAAGUUCAAGAGUAAAAUCAUGAGCGAGCUGGUCAGUAACGGUGUCCAGAUCUACCAGUUCCCGACAGAUGAAGAGACAGUGGCUGAGAUAAAUGCAACGAUGAGUGUCCACCUUCCUUUUGCUGUAGUUGGCAGCACUGAAGAAGUGAAGAUCGGCAAUAAGAUGGCAAAAGCCAGGCAGUACCCCUGGGGUGUUGUGCAGGUUGAAAAUGAAAAUCACUGUGACUUUGUGAAGCUGCGGGAGAUGCUGAUCCGAGUGAACAUGGAAGACUUGAGAGAGCAGACACACACCCGACACUAUGAGCUCUACAGGCGCUGCAAGCUUGAGGAGAUGGGAUUCAAGGACACGGAUCCGGACAGCAAGCCUUUCAGUCUCCAGGAGACUUAUGAAGCAAAGAGGAACGAAUUCCUGGGUGAACUCCAGAAGAAGGAGGAUGAAAUGAGGCAGAUGUUUGUCAUGCGAGUGAAGGAGAAGGAAGCAGAGUUGAAGGAAGCAGAGAAAGAUCUUCAUGAAAAGUUUGACCAUCUAAAGAGGACUCACCAAGAAGAGAAGAAAAAAGUGGAAGACAAAAAGAAGGAACUUGAGGAAGAGCUGAACAACUUUCAAAAGAAGAAGGCAGCAGCUCAGCUAUUGCAGUCACAGGCUCAGCAGGCAGGUUCUCAACAAACCAAGAAAGACAAGGACAAGAAAAAUGCAAGCUUCACAUAAAGCCUGUCCAGACAAGGAUGUUCCUGCAUUCACCUGCUUUUGCAGUAAUGUGUCUCUGCCAUCUGUUUUCUUGCCUUUUUUUUUUUUCCUUCCCCCCCCCCCCCCCCCCCCCCCCCAACAUAAAUAACUAUUAACUCAUCUAAUAACAUAGUGGGAACAAGAAGGAAGAAGGAUUGGGUGCAGGACUGUAUGCAACUGGAAGUUCAGGGGUGGGUGGAGGAGCAAGGUAAUGAUUCCAUGUAUUUUUCUCAUCAAAACCAGCAGCAGGAAGUCAUUCUUGGCCCCAGAUUGGAGCUGAGAUGAGAUUCAGGGCUGGACGUCAGUAGCUCGGGUGAGCAUCAUUGACUGGAUCGGGUCCUCAGUGCUGCUGGCCUGCCUCACUCGUGGUAGCAACAGCUGUGUGCUUAAGGGGUCCCUGGGUCCACAGAAACCAGCCUUGGGUAAUUACUGCUAUAUGAGCCUAGUCCCUAGUGUGGCUGAGCCCUGGAGUCUAGUCCAACCCAUAUUCCUUCAAUAGCUAGUGUGUUAGAACAACAGGAGUCCCAGUGUUGGGAGAGUGGGAGGGGGUAUAUGUGUGUAGAUAACAAAAGUUUAACUGACCUUGCAUGCCAUUACAUUUGCAUGAUAUUUUUGAUUAGUUCCUGUUCUUGUUGUCUGACUUAAUCAUAUUAGUUGGCUUGGAUUUACUGUCAUAUGCUGGCGUUUUUUUACAGCCACCCUUCCAGUUCAGUGUAGUAGCUACCUGCUGAAUGCUGCAGCGGGAGCCCAGCAGUGCUGCAGGUGCCUGGGAGAAGGACCAUUUCUCAUUACUGCUUCCCAAGUCUGACCAUAACCUUUGAAACCUCAUUUAAAAUAGUCCCUGGUUUCCCAUGUGCACCGUCUUAGCAGCCCUUUUGGAAUCAAAUACCUGGGUGGGGAGAGGACAUAGCAUCAGCAUCCUCAUAGACCCUUCAGAAAGGUUCCUGCAUGUCUUUAUAAACAGAUUUGCAAAGCUGUGGGAUCCAGAAUUUCAUGUCAAGGCAGUGAUGGUGCCUGGACACACAUUCCCUGUGCUCUCCACAAGCUGAGGGUGCCUGGACACACGUUCCCCAUGCUCUCCACCAGCCUGCCUGCAGCAGGGACAACAUCCCAUUCACAUGUCCCUUGAAUGUGUAAAGGAGAGUAAUCAUAAGGAAACGGGUCUGUUUAAUGUGUGUUUUCUAUGCCGUUGCUUUUUGGACAGAGUCUUUUUGUUCAUUCCCAAGAAGUGGUGAGCCCUGCUUAUCUUAUGACUUCGAGAUAUCUUUCUCUUCUGUUGAUGCACGCCCAGCAUUUCCACUGCUCCUAGCUAGGUAGCCUCCUGUUUCUGUAAUACGCUCUUACAAUAACUUUUUCCACCUGAGUCUCAUGCAUUGCAGUUCUUUGCUUGGUUCCGGGAUGGGAUUUUUUGCAUCUUUGGGGGACGGGAGAAGGCAGAAUUAUCACCUUUUCUCAAGUGUUGCAUUGUGAAAAUGUGCUUGGAGGCUAGCUGAUGGGUUGUCUUGCUUUUUAACCCUCACUGCUUAAACAUUGGCUUUGGGAAGAGCGUAUCUAAAUACGAUAUCAUGGACAGACAGCAGAAAUUGAUUGGAGAUAAAUAAGCUAGAAAUAGAAUAGUUGAGCCUUUUCUCUUUUUGGAGGGGUGUUUGUUGGUUUGUGGGGUUUUUUUUGACCUCCUGGUCUAUCAGCCAUGAUGCCCUUUUUGUCAAAUAGGUUUGCUAGGGGAAAAAGUAAAUGGUGGUUAUGACUUCUGGCAAACCCAGCCUUAAAAUCUUGAGUUAUCACAGAAAAAGUUGGGGCUUUGGCCUGAGGUUUUUUUACAGUCACAUCAUAGGCAUAUCAUGGAAUGCUUGUGGCAGUGUGCUUUGCUUCAGCUGUCUCUGUGCAUGUCCUCUUUUUAAUUACCAGUGGUUUGUGCCAAGUAGAAAACUUCAUUUUAACAUUUAUUUGUCCUGCUUCGUUUAACAGCCCUUCAAGGGAUGUUUAGCAGGGGAAAUCAUCCGAGUCUAGCUAUAUAUAUAUUUUUAUCAGAAAGCUGUGGCCAAGUGCAUUAAUGUACUUGUGAUUCAGUUUCUUUCUCCAGCAAAAAGCAAGCUGCUGUGGAGAAACUGGGACUAAACCAUAAACUUACAGAAGUUAAAGGUACUGUUUUGUUUUUCUUGCGAAAGGAGAUGUUAAUGACAUUUUUCUUCCUUCCUUAAACCCUUGGGCCAUGUUUAGCUUGUUACUGCUGCACUUCUUUCUUUUCUUAUGCCUUUUUUCACAGUAGCCCCUGAUUCUGCAUGGAGUAAAUGAUACACUCAAAUCUAGUUGGAUGUGCUCUCACCUUUGCAUGUAAGUACACUAGUAAGAGACUCACCCUUUCUGCCUCACUGCUGAUACAAAACCAGCUGUGUUUUUCUGGGAGGGCUCUUUAAGUCCGCUUACUUACAAGUGGCAUGGUUAAAACUACUCCUAAACUUCCUGCAAUAAUCUGCUUAUGCUGAGAUGUUGAAAAGAAGCCAUAGGGAGCACAACAUCCAGCUCCUGCUGACUGCCUAAAGCAACCCUCUACAGCCUCCCUGCAUGCUUGAGGCUAGCAAGCCAGCUGGUGGAACCAUGGGCAUAAGCCUUGCUUGAGAGGCACUGCAGCCUUUAAUGUGCGUUAGACAGUGAUGAUACCUGGCUAAUGCUUCCCAUUCCUGACAAGGUGGAUUUCAAACCUUAGAAUAAUAUAGAGGAGCAGGAUAGCACACUAAAACGUGUUCCUGGAAUGAUGAUUUUCCCAGGGCAUGGAAUAAACCCCAGAACCUCACUGGGGUUGCACAGUUACUUUUCCAGGAGGGCACUAAUUAGGAAGGUACCCUUUGAGUUCAUGGUCGUUAAAUGCAUCACCUUGCAUCUCCUUGGUAUGUGGUGCUGCUGAGGAGGGGAGACAGCAAUGACUGGCAUCCUCCCUGGGCUCCUCUGUGACUCCUGUCCCUCCCUGUAUGUGCUUUUAACACCUUGAGAAUCCCAUCAAGGAGAUUUGUAUCUCUGUGCCUCUGUUUGAGCAUGUCUUUAUUUAACAUGACCAGUGUUUUUGCGGGUAGCUUUCAUUCUGCUUCUCCUAAACCAUCCGGGUGAGAACAGAAAUGUCUUUUUGUGUGUGAUCAUAUCACAUCUGUCCAUUUGAAUCCAGUUGCCAUUUGCCCUUCUGAGAUGUUAUGUUAGAAGAGUGCGUAGUGAUCUCUUCUCUGCAGACCCUGGUUGUAUUUGCGGUGUAUGAUGCCCAGCAGUGUAUGAUGCUCUCACCAGCACGUCUCAGCAUGGAACUGUACAAAUAUGAAGGUUUUUUUUUAAUUAAUGGGAAAUAAAGCUGUGAACAGCAGUAGAAAUAUUGUAUUUGUAUACUUUUUUAAAUAUCCUGAUUGCCUUAAACUAUAGUUGUAGAACUUUAUUAUCUUGCUAUUUGAAAAUAACCCAUGUUUGUAACUAAAUUGUGUAACUUACAUACAGUGUUAAUGCAAAUUAUAUGUAUGCAUCUGUUAGAUAUUGUCACUUUAUUUGAUGUUAAAAUAUUUCAGGUUUUGAAUUACAAAUUGAAUAAUAACCUUA